AUGUCUUCUCUUACUACAAUUAUUGAUAAUGACAUAUUAGUGUCAACUUUACAAAAAGGAUUUUAUGCACUUGCCGCUUGUACUGUUAUUGGUACAGCAGCGUAUUUAGGUUAUAAAGCUGCUGAACCUGAAAAUAAAUAUUUAGUCCAUAAUCGUCGUCCAGAAUUAAACGAACAGUUCUGUAAAGUCGUUAAUCAAAAUGAAAUAUUAGUGCAUUAUAUAUGA